AUGGCGUCCACGACGCAGCUCUCGCUCGAGCCGCUGCAGCCUUUCGCCGGCGAUGGGCACGACUCGGACCUGUUUGCGCGCCCGGCACGGCUGCGCGAGGUGAGGCUCGACGACGGCCGAGAGGUGUUCACUCGCGACGACCCGAAGAAGAGCCUGCAGGAGCGGCUCGCGCGCGUGUGGGCCGAGCGAGGCGACUACUCGGAGCUGUCCGAGGAGCGCAUCCUCAACCCGGCCAAGGAGCACGAGCUCGCCGACAAGGAGGACAAGGACCCGCGGCCUACGGUCGACGACAUCCGUGCUCUGCAGGAGACCAUGAUCAACAACCUCGCGCUCGCUCGAGGAGAGCUCACUACCGCCCUCGACCUCCUCUCGGUCCUGUCCGCCCCGCGCGACCCGCCCGACGUCGACGUCGCCUCGCUCCCCCUCCCUCAGCAGACCCUCUCCUUCGUCCCGACUGCGCCCCCGCCUCGACCGUCGACCGACCCUCAGCAGAACCCGCUCGCGCCCAUCCCGCUCGCGAGCAGCCUCGACGCCCUGAGCCGCUCGGCGCGCGCCUUCUUCAGCGCGAGCGAGGAGCUCGUCCCGCUCUCGGACGAGGAACUCGCCGCGCUCGCCUCGUCGAACUCGGCGGCGGCGUCGCGCCCUCGGCCUCGUCAGCGUGCGCGCGCGCCGGACCCGUGGCCGACCAUCCUGCGGCUGCACCACGGCGGCGCGCGCACGCUCGCGCCCCUCGGGGCGGGCAAAGGCGCGUCGCUCGCGGCGGGCAAGGGCGAGAGCCGCACGGCGCGCAGCGUCGGCGUCUUCUUCGGGGCGCAGGAGGCCGGCGCGGCGUGGCGUAGGGCGAGCGUAGCCGAGGUCGGCGAGCUGCUCGACGAGGGAGCCGAGAAGAGGAAGGGGAGGAGGAUGGUGGUCGAGGUUGGGGUCGAGGGAGCGGGCAAGAUGGAAAGGGCAGUGUGGGACGAGGAGGACGACAAGGCGCAGGACGCGAUGGACGAGGAAGAGAAGGGCGACGACGUCGAUCGGGUCGAGCGGGUGCUCAAGGCGAGGGGCAGGGCCGUCUUUGCCGAGGAGCUCUUCUCUCAGCUCACGAGCGAAGCUCGUUCGGAGAGCGCUCUGCGCGCCGAGCUGCAGCUCGGCAGCCGCACCGAGGGCGACACGAUCGCCCUGAGCGGCAGCGGGUGGACCGUACGCGUCACGAUGGCGACCACGCCCGACUCGAGCACCCCCUCGCACGCGACCGCCGCAACCCUCUCCUCCCUCCUGCGCCUCCUCUUCCUCCAGGAGUACACCGCCCGCCGCACCUCCACCCCCAAUUCAGCGCCUCGACCGCUCCUCGCGACCGUGGCGGCGUACCUCGGGCACGCGCAGCGGGUCGACGCGCUCCGAGGCGUGCUCGAGCGGCUCAGGGCCAAGGCGUGCGAGGGCGAGGGUGAGGUGGAAGCUGCGGUCGCAUUCGACGGCGAGGACGAGGGUCAGGGUGCGGGGCGGCAGGCGGCGGACGUCUUGCACGUGCUCAACGGCGCGAGCGUGCUCGGUGGGCGGGCGACGCUCCGGCUCGGCAAGAGCACCGUCUUCACCGUCCUCUACUCGUCGCCGCUCCCUCCCUCGCCGCACGCCGCCGCUCAAGCCCCUCCGCCCAGCCUCCCGCCCUCGUUGCAGCCGACCUUGACGCUGCGCGUCCCUGGCCGUCCCGCCCCGCUUCAGCUCCCGUCGCUGAGGCACCUCGAGACGUUCUUGGGCGAGCAGGUCGACCGGGCGUGCAGGGUCGAGUCGGCGCGGCGCGAGAAGGAGCGAGAGGGCGCGGGCGAGGACAAGGACAAGGAGGGGCUGUAGCGACUUGGGCAAUGCGGAGAGUGUCGACUCCUGCAUCUC